UAUCAAUUUUAUUUUGAGGUUAUGAAAAUUGUUUUCAUCGUAUUCAUAUUUUCAUAAGUUAGUAUUGAAACCUGAAACUAAAAGUUCGAGUUAUUCCACAGAAUAGAUUGAAUACUACUUUAAACCAUAGAUAUAAACUAUGCUAUAAAUUAAUCAGCUUUAUGUUGGUAAAUGUAUGUGAACCUUAACUGUAAUUUAUGUGUUAAAAUAAACAGAAAAUAUUAAUUCAUAUGGGAUAUAGUGUUUAAAUUUUAAAUUAAUUCUGUUUUAAAUGGAAAUGUUUUUGUUUUAAAUCUUGAAUUUCUUGAAUUAAAAACAAUUCCGUGUUGAGUGCAAAACGAGUUAACUGCAAUGGCUCAAGAAAAAGUUUUAGAAAAACCUUUAUUACAAUUCGUCUUGCGUGCACAAAAAGUUGAAGGCCAGGAUUUAGUCGAAAUUAUUAAACAAGCUUUAGAUUGUGUUGAUACAUUCGUGUUUGCUGAACUCUUAGAAUGCCCUAAUGUUGUUGCACUUGAGAACACUCCUCAUGCUCCAUACUUACAUGUAUUGCGUUUGUUUUCACAAGGUACGUAUUUGGAUUAUUUGAAUAAAAAAGAAUAUUUUCCAGAACUCAGUAUAUCUCAAACAAAAAAACUGAAAUACUUAACUAUUGUUACUCUUGCCAAUAAAAUGAAGAGGAUACCUUAUGAUAUUCUUUUAAAAGAAUUAAAUGUUAAUAAUGUUAGAGAUUUAGAGGAUUUAAUAAUUGAAGCAAUUUAUUACAAUGUGGUCAUGGGUGACCUUGAUCAAAAGAAUGGUUAUCUGGAAAUUGAUUCGACAGUUGGAAGGGAUGUUGGACCAAAUGAUAUUGAUGUUAUGAUAGAUAUAUUACAACAAUGGAAUGAAUCAUGUGAGAGUGUUCUAUCCACAGUUCAAGCCCGUAUUGUUGAUGCUAAUCAAACAAAACAGAAUGUAUUAAAACAUCAAGCUGCUUUGGACAAUGAAGUAGCCAAUGUCAAAAAGGCAUUAAGGACCCAAGUACAAGAUGAAGAAAUGUCAGUUGAUACUAGUGGUCCUUCCAAAAAAUCUGUUAAAGGAGCUAGGUCUGGUGGAAAUAAAUUAUGGUCUAAAUAAAUAAUAGUUUGAUAAUUGUUAUUACUUUUUUUUGCAUACAAUAGUUUUAUUAUUUGCAUUAGAUAUUAAGUCUAUUAAGCUAUAAAUAUACGGUAAAAUUACUAAUAAAA